AGUUUUAGGUAAUUUUUGUGGACAGCCGCCGGCUGCACAAGAUUGCUUCUAGGUCUUAGCGCAGUUUCUUUCCUUUUUUCCAGGUGAGCUUCCCUGACUGGCAAGUCGAGCGACUGACUGCCCACUGUGCCCAGUGUUCUGCUCCUCCAGGCUACCGAAGCACCUCCACAUCCUGCCUCUACUUUGGCAAGGAAUCAGUCCACACACACACAUAGUGUGGUCAUGGCGAGCGGAGGAACGGAGGAGCUUGAACGCCCCGCGUCGUUUAAAUCUCCUGUAUGGGAUCAUUUUGGCUUCCCUGUGAAAUAUGAUCAUGAGGGAAAGAGGAUGGUAGAUAAAACCAUGACGGCGUGUAGGCACUGUGGCACAAGAAAGCCAUACGAUAGUGGAAACACGUCAAGUAUGGCCACGCAUUUGAAGCGUCAUCACCCCGGUGUUCCACUGACAGUCACAGGAGUGAAAACAAAAGCUGUUCAGCAACCACUCAUCACCGCAGCAUUUAAACAGCCCCUCAUUCCACAAUCGGACCGGGCUAAAGCCAUUACAAAAGCGAUCGGCGUGUUUAUGGGUGCAGAUAUGAGGCCAUAUUCCAUUGUGCAGAACGAGGGCUUUAAGCACAUGCUUAAAGUGCUUGAGCCACGUUACAACAUCCCGUCGCGCAUCCACUUCAGCGAAAAGGUUGUGCCAGAACUUUAUGAACAGGAGAAGAAAAAAGUCGUGGAUGAACUAUCCCAAGCAUCGUCUGUUGCGCUCACGACAGACGGGUGGACGUCCAGGGGAACAGAGAGCUAUAUAACAAUAACCGCUCACUUCAUCACGGCAGACUGGGAGAUGAGAAGUCCGGUGCUGCAGACACGCCCCCUCUACGAGAGUCACACAAGCGCUCAUCUUGCGCAGGUGCUGACAGAAGCGGUGGACGAAUGGAAGCUAAAGAGGCCCAGUACCAAUAUCCCAGUCACAACUGACAAUGCCAAAAACCAAGUUAAUGCCGUGAUUGAGGCAGGACUGGGCCCACAGAUAGGGUGUUUUGCACAUGUCGUAAAUUUGGCAUCUCAAAAGGGAAUCUCUGUCAGUAGGAUGGACCGCCUCCUUGGGAGGAUCAGGAAGGUGGUUUCCUAUUUCCACCGAAGCACAACAGCUGCCCAUGUGCUUAAAACAAAGCAAGAAAUGCUAAAGCUGCCUAAACACAAGCUCAUAAAUGAUGUGCCAACCAGGUGGAACUCCACUUAUGAUAUGCUGGAGCGUUAUCUGGAGCAGCAGGCAGCUAUAUACUCUGCACUGACUGACAAGACCCUAAAGAAAAUUGUCAAGGACAUCAUUACCCUGUCUGAUGAUGAUGUGAGAGUGGCAGAGGAGGUCCUCCAGGUGCUUCAACCCCUCAAGAUGGUAACAUCUCUUCUGAGCACUGAAAGUUCACCAUCUGUAUCGAUGAUCAUGCCCCUAAAAACAAGGAUUCUACAAUCCAUGGCUCCAGGUGUGGAAGACAGCACCAUCACACAAGAUGUCAAGACUGCCAUUAGAGAGGACCUGCAGCCCAGAUACACUUCACCCCCUACUCUACAGGACUACCUUCACAGAUCUACUGCCCUGGAUCCAAGGUUCAAGUCCCUGUCUCACAUGGACCCUGCCCUACGCCAGAGGACAUACAGUGACCUCACCACCGAGAUUGUGAGCAGUCUGGGCACUAAAGACUGUGAUGAGGGUCAAGCUCAAGCUGCAGAGCCAACAGGAGCAAACUUGGACUCAUCAUCUCCUCCAAAAAAGAAGUCGGCGAUGGCAGAGCUUUUUGGAGAGACCUUUGCCAGCAAAGACAACAAGACUUCUGCUGACAUCAUCAAAGAGGAGGUGGAAUCCUAUCUGCUGGCAGCAAGCGGCAUUACAGUGGAUGGGCUCAGUUUGCUUAAGGUGCAAAUUUCAGCCAUCUUGGCUUUUACCCAAAAGAAAUGGGCAGCAAACCUGCUGAUGGAUCACUUCUUGGAUCAGUUUUCUAGCAAACCAUCAUCGUAUUCUGACAGAAGAUUGUUCUUUAUGGGAGAUCUCCUUAAAAUCGGCUUUUCUAUUAGCCAUAAUUUCAGGGGAAAGUGUGUCGACUCCAAAAUGUUCUUCCCAGACAGGGUUGUGCGGAGACCAUUGAAUCAUUUUGUUCCAAAGAGUGCAUCCAUGUUUCAUCUUUCCAGUGAAUGGGUGCUUCCAGCCUUCCCAGCGGAAUCAGAUGCUGAUCUGCACAAGUUGGACAUUCCAAAAGUCCUCAAAGCCUAUCUCGGGCUACUUCUACAUUCAGAAUCAUGA